CGAUAAGUGUGCGUCUUUACGCAAUGCUGUUGGCCUUGCUGUUUGAUAUAUAUUGUGCCGCAGGCCCGCAGCGCAUGACGGUUUUGUGUGCCCUCCCAUGAAAAUCAUAUGCGCUCCCUUUAGAUUUGUUCCGGCGCCGGGUCUGUGCACGAUGCUCGUCAUCUGAACUCAUGUUCCACAAUAUUUAGAAAACCACACCUCAGCUUCCUUUAAAAGGGGCUGUUUUAUUUUUAUUUUAAAGCACUUCAAGCUCAUGAUAAUUGUCAUACCAGCAGCGACCAAAGACGGAGACUGAGGACGGAGGACAGGCCGUUCAUCUCUUGAUCAGAGAAAAGGAAGCAUAUACUCCAGUUCCUCUUGGUUUGAGAGGGAAGUCGUGAUUCUUCCUCAUACGGGGAGUCACAGCUGAGGACCUGAUGCACUUCAAGCUCAUGAUAAUUGUCAUACCAGCAGCGACCAAAGACGGAGACUGAGGAUGGAGGACAGGCCGUUCAUCUCUUGAUCAGAGAAAGAGGAAGCAUAUACUCCAGUUCCUCUUGGUUUGAGAGGGAAGUCGUGAUUCUUCCUCAUACAGGGAGUCACAGCUGAGGACCUGAUGGGGUGUUACAACACUAAGAAGACUGGGCUCGGCUCAAUGAAGAAGCGCCUCUUCCUCCUCUCCUUUCUCUGUGUUUUACCGCUGUGUCUUCUCAAUGCAUGGUGGAGAAGAUUUCCAGCCCAGACAGCUGGAAAUCCUUCCAGUUUCCCUAACAUCACGAUCCUGCUGUGGCAUUGGCCCGACGGCAAGUCGUCGUCCCUGAAGGGGGACACGUGCUGGGAUCUCUACCGUAUCCCUCGCUGUAGACUGGUGGACCAGCGCUCCUUGUUCCCCUCCGCUGAUGUGGUGGUGUUCCACAACAGAGAGCUGGCACUGGGCCACCAAAAGCUGCCCCUUGACCUUCCACGGCCACAGGGCCAGAGGUGGGCCUGGAUGUCCCUGGAAGCCCCUAUUCACAAUGGAAAGUUGCAUCAGUAUGCAAAUAUAUUCAACAUGACCAUCAGCUAUAGGAGAGAUGCUGAUGUCACUAUUCCAUACGGCCAGCUGCUACCAAAGGAGGCUGAAGGACAUCUGGUGGACAAUGUCCCUCUCAAUAAGAGCUCCUUGGCCUGUUGGGUGGUCAGCAACUACAGAAAGGACAACAAGAGAAGCAAAGUGUACCAAGAGCUAAAGGCAGUAGUUCCUGUGAAGGUUUACGGACGUUGGACCGAGACACCUCUUUCCCAAAAUGCCCUCUUACCUACAAUCUCUCGCUGCUUCUUCUACUUGGCUUUUGAGAACUCAAUCAGCAAAGAUUACAUCACAGAAAAACUGUGGAGGAAUGCUUACCAAAGUGGCGCGGUGCCUGUCAUCCUGGGACCCCCGUUAGGCGACUACAAAUCUGUGGCUCCACCUAAUUCUUUUAUCCACGUCGAUGAGUUUGCAUCAGUCAAGGACUUAGGAGAGUAUCUACAGCAGCUUGCAGAGGACAAGAAACGCUACAGUGAAUAUUUCACUUGGAAACAUCAGUGGACAGUAAAGUUGUACAAAGACUGGAGGGAGAGACUGUGUAAGAUCUGCUCACAUUAUAACAGCUUACCUCAGGAGAAAGUUUACUCCAAUCUAGAGGCCUGGGUCAAGGGCUAAUAACACUUGAGCUUGCAUAUACAUAGUUAAUGUGUAAUUUAUCACAUUUUUGGAGGAUUAGCAUCCUUGAGAUUUCAGGAAAACCCUUUUUUAAGGGCACUUUGGAAACAUGCUUAUUCACUGACCUCCCUGGAGUAAAAUGGAUUUAAGUUUUUUGGAGCUGUGCCGUUUAGCAUUUCUCCUCUUUAAACUCAUGUACAAGCACAAAGGUUCCUGUAAAGAACACCGACGCACUUCAAUGUAAUUGAAAAACAAAAGCAUUAUGGUUUAUGUCUGGACACUGUUAAGGGCUUUAAAAACACAUUCAAAAAUUAAAUAAGUAAACGAGUGUGGAUAAAGUAUCUGUAAAUGUAAAAUAGUUACAUAUUGUACUCAAAACAGAAACAUGUGAACCAUUUGAUCUCAAUUAAAGUCAAAUUAGCUUGAGUGUGCUCUAUUCUACUGGAGAGAAAGCUUGGAAUAUCCAUGAACUACAUUGUAAAUAUUUUAGUAGGGCUGCAUUAUUCAAAAGGCUAGCCCGUUGUUGAAGUAUUUGGGCUUGGAGAUGUCUGAGACUUUUUUUAAAUAUGUUUUGUCUGUUGUAUGGUUGGUAUGUUUUCAUGUCCAACUUGACUUUCCAAAUUAAAAGAUGGUUUACUUAAUGAA